AGAGUGCAUGAAUGUAGAAGGUAGCAGACCGUCAGUUAGCUAGCAAGGCAGUGAAGUAGCGCUGCGCCAGGCACCAAGUCACUACAAUCAGUUGCUUUUCGUAUCUACAACGAGUUGGUGGUACACACUUGACGUGUUCGCGGUUAAUUUAACAGAAAAAAUCGAAAAAGAAUUUGAAAAAAAAAAAAUCGUGUUGUAAUUUAUUGUGUAUUUUUAUUGUAAUUCUAAUUGGAUGUGCACGCGCGCGUAUGUGUGUGUGUGUGCGGCACAUAGCACAUUAGAAUAAAUACAAAUUAAAUAAAUAGGAAAGCGAAAAGUGGAAAAAAGAAAUUAAUUCGAAAUAAAAAAAAUUUUAUUAAUUUACAUAUACGAAGUUUUUUGGAAGAAGUGCGAGUGGAAAGUGCGAAAAAGCAACUGCGCGCAGCGAAUCGAAGAAAACACACACACACACUGUGCCACUUGAAACCUGCUUAACCAAAAAUUAAUUUGAUUUUUUUUUGGAAAAAUCAAUAAUAACAACAAGAUACAACCAAUUAAAUCAAUUCCAACCAACAAUUGCAAAGCCAAAGGUGCAAGCAAAAAAUAAUAAAAACAAAUAAUAAAAAACAUAAAAUAAAAACAAAAAAAAAUCAAAAAAGUGAAAAUCAAAAUUUGAGUUAAGAACAACUGUAAAUGUUGCAACACAUAACAGCUGUUGUAUUCAAGGUGCUAAUUUUUCACUUAGCUACUAAAUUAUUGGGAACUUAGUUCGAGUACACUUGCGGCAUUCGAUGACGAGAGGUGUGUCGACGACGAAGUACACGUCCCAGCAAUCGAGCAGAAAACGUUAAAUACUUGUACUACGGUAGCGACGACAAGCGUGUCUGCUUAAAUAACAAAAGUGAUUUCAAAUCAAAAUCAAAUGUGCAAACGAAAAGUGGCGACGUGCAAAAGCGUAACGAAACGUCUGGAAGCGUAGCACUACAAAAAAAUAGCAACAAGAAAUAAUAAAAAAAAUUACUAAAAAACGCAAAGAAGUGUUUCCAAAAAGAGAACGGUGCAUAUAGCAUAAAUACAUACAUACAUACAUAUAUAAUCACUUCGUGUAAAUAGGAGCUGCGUAACGCUCCAACCCAAAAAAAAAAACAUCGCCAUCAUAGCAACUCAACUGAAAAUGUGUUCUAAGGAGUUGCUGCUCUUAGCAUGCCUCUUCCUGCUCGGCGGUCUGCGUUUGACCUCGACAACAACAACCACCACCUUCGUGGCGGCCAUGUCUAUAGCGAAUCAGGAUCUCGAUCGUUACUUCCGCACGGCGAACGGCACACAAAUGCUCGCCAAUGAGGAGCGUAUCAUCAUAGAUGUCUACAAUUAUGCCUAUUUGAAUUUCACCUAUUGGAAUGAGAAUGGUGAAAAGUGCAAAUUGGGCUAUAGUGAGGAGAAGGCACGCUAUGGUGAGGGUAAAGUGGGUAAUAGAGAGGGUAAACUAAUACAUAUUAGCAUGAUCGGCAAUGUAACGGACGAUACGGCUUGUUCGUCCAAGAUCGCCGGCACUAAUGGUGAGAGUUUACCACCGAAAGGUGUCGCCUGGAUUGCAUUGGUGAAGCGUGGCUUGUGCACAUUUGAGGAGAAGGUGAAACAUGUGUAUGAUCGUGGUGCGAGCGGUGUGAUCAUUUACAAUGAUAAACCAGUUAAUAAUUUGGAGAAAAUGCAGAUUAGAGAUCAACUACGCGAUAUAACAGCUGUGAUAACUUAUCUUGAUAUUGGUAUGGAAAUAGCGCGAAUCGUUGAUCAAGGAUUUCAAAUGGACGCCGCCAUCAUACAGGGCCGUUACGGUAGCCGACCAUUAAACACGCUAAACAAAACAUCAGUGCUGUUUGUGUCCGUUUCCUUCAUCGUACUGAUGGUGAUAUCACUGGUGUGGUUGCUGUUCUACUACAUACAACGCUUUAGAUAUCUGCAGACGAAGGAUCAGCAAUCGCGCCAAUUGUGUUCGGUGACCAAAAAGGCCAUCAUGAAAAUACCCACAAAGACGGGCAAGAGCAGCGACGAGAAGGAUAUGGACAGCGAUUGUUGCGCCAUCUGCAUUGAAGCGUACAAACCAUCCGAUUGCAUACGAGUAUUACCCUGCAAGCAUGAAUUUCACAAGAACUGCAUCGAUCCAUGGCUAAUUGAGCAUCGCACCUGCCCCAUGUGCAAGUUGGAUGUGCUGAAAUUCUACGGUUUUGUGUUUCUUGGCAGUGAGGAGAGUAUUUUAGAGUAUGAACCCGAACGCCCAGCGGUGGCUGCCUCGGAUACUGCAGGCGCCACUGCAGCAAAUGGUAAUCUCAGCGCCACAGUGCCAGCUGGCGCACAACGCAUCGGAGCGCUUGGCGAACUUAUACGCAGUCGUGAUUUCGUCAUUGACUUUCCGCGUAUUUUUGUGCUCGAGGCUGGCGCUGUUAGCGGCACACACGAGUCCUUAUUUCCCUCACGUCUGCCGGAGCGUUCACAGUCUUCGCUGUCGCUGGCGAAUGCCAAGGAUUGGAUGUUCGCGAUGACUAACAAACUGGACGAGCAGCAUGGGCUGCGACGCUUGCGGCGUGGUGUGGCACGCGACGGUAUGGAUGAGAAUCUUUUGUCCGUUUGCGCCGAGGCAGUCAAGAAGCGUCGUUCCCGCUCCGCCGAUGGUCGCUACUCGAGCAGCUAUUAUGCGCGACAGGCCAAACAAAUGCAAAACGAGCUGGAGUGCGGUUAUGCCGCUGAUGAGGAAGCUGUGGUGCGCGAUAAACCCGAGGAAGCCACUGCAUUGCGCCAUAAUUCCACUAUUUUGGAUCUAACCGAUGCUGUUUAUGCGCAAUCGCGUCAGCGCCAGCAACAAGUCACAUACGCUGAUCAGGAGCAUACCGCAAUGAAUGCGCGUCGCCGUUCGUCAAGACGCAGCAGUGAAAGGGAAAUACAAUUACAGGAGUUGCCAUAUCGUUCGCCGGUGACUAGCUUACGUGGCAGCCCAGCAGGUAGUCGCGAGUCAACGCCGCCUCUAGAUGUGUCUAUCACGAUUCAGGUGAACGGUGAAGGUGUCGAAUUUGAGUAGAAACAAAAGACUGGACUUCGAGUGGAUUAUGAGAACAUUGUUGUAAAGUAAAAAUUAUUUUAUUUCAUUUAGACACAUCUUCACAUUCAUACGCUGUCAUCAUUCCUUAACCUUAAAUUCAUUCUCACUGGUUACACUUCGCAAAAAAAAAAAGAAAAAAGGAACUGAAAAGUAAAUUAAAGAGUCCAGCAACGUGUAAAUGGAACUGUUAAUUUUAAAUAAAGAUUCAAAUAAAAAGGG